GCAGCUGCUAGCUGCCAAUAGGGGACAGGCUUCACAAGAAACAAGUCUGCUUUUCUUUCCUUUUUCCCCUUCUAUUAAUUCCAAGUCUAACCGCAUAACCCUAUUCCUUUCCUUCUUAGAUUAUUCUAAUUUGGAAUAGUGCAUAUAAUUGUGUAAAGAAAUAAGGGAAAUGACUCACUGCAAUGAUCUUGGUCAGGAAGACCCAAGACUCAUUGCCAAAGAUGGCUUAACCACCAGAACAUGUCCUUCAUGUGGUUACCAGAUCAAAUACCAACAACAGGCCGGAAUUCAAAACUUGCCGGGGCUGCCAGCCGGGGUGAAGUUUGAUCCUACGGAUCAAGAGGUGCUUCAACAUUUGGAGGGGAAGGUGUUGAGUAGUACUGAUAUUGCUGCAGGCAAUAAGCUCCACCAUCAUCCUCUGAUAGAUCAGUUCAUCCCUACAAUUGAAGGGGAGAAUGGAAUUUGCUACACUCAUCCACAUAAGUUGCCGGGAGUUAGCAAAGAUGGGCUGGUACGCCAUUUCUUCCAUCGACCUUCCAAGGCUUACACAACAGGAUCUAGGAAAAGAAGAAAGGUGCACACCGAUAGGGAUAGCAGCAGCGAGGGGGGCGAGACGCGGUGGCACAAGACAGGCAAGACCAGACCAGUAUUUGCUGGGGGCAAAGUGAAAGGGUACAAAAAAAUACUUGUGCUCUACACGAACUAUGGGAAGCAAAGAAAGCCUGAGAAAACCAACUGGGUAAUGCACCAGUAUCACCUUGGCAACAAUGAAGAAGAGAAAGAUGGAGAGCUUGUGGUUUCCAAAGUGUUCUACCAAACACAACCUAGACAAUGUGGUAACUCAGGUAUGAAGGACUUUAAUAAUAACUCUGCUGCCAAAGUACUGAUGAAUGGACAAAGUGAGCACAGUGAGGCACUUGUGCAGUAUUGUAACAAUGUUAAUUCCUUCAUAUCCUUCGAUCAAAAUGGCCAAGAUAGAUCGAGCAGCAAUCCUCAAAUAAUCCCUCCUCAUUUUCCUCUUCAUGAUGGGUCGUUUGUUUCUUUAAAAUAA